GUGAUACUACGUGAAAGACAACGUUUCUACAACUACGUGAUCAUGCAGAUGCAUGGGCCAAACAUGUACACAUCCUUUGGAUGCAACUAAGAUACGAAUGCAAAUUUUAAAAAGUUCUUUGAGAGAUACGAUAUGCAAAACUUUCCAAGAACAUGGAGUACGUGGAUUCUAUAUCGGUUGGACUCCGGCUAUACUUCGACAAUUAACAUACACUACGACAAGACUUGGUGUAUAUAAUACGUGCUAUGAUUUGAUCUCAUUAUACGUUGGUCGUUUAAAUUAUCCUACAAUGGUCACCAUUGGAAUGUUCUCUGGUAUUUGUGGUGCAUUAGUUGGAACGCCGGCCGAUUUAAUUUAUGUUCGUAUGGUAGGUGAUGCGCAAUUACCACCUGAGAAGCGGCGGAAUUACAGACACGUUUUCCACGGGCUGUCGGACAUUUGGAAAACAGAGGGUGUUCAGGGAUUAUGGAGAGGAGCUCUACCAACUAUGACCAGAGCAAUGAUCGUGAAUGGAGCGCAAUUAGGCACCUAUAGUAGAGCGAAAAUAAUGUGGAAGGAUACAGGUUUAUUCGAAGAAGGCAUAUUAUUGUCAUUCUGUUCAGCGAUGAUAUCUGGAUUCGUGAUGUCUGUGUUGUCAGUGCCUGUGGAUGUAGCUAAAACUAGAAUACAAACUUGGACCUUACCGUCGAAACCACCCGGGAUCGUCACUGCGAUCGCUACCAUAGCAAGAACCGAAGGAGUAACAUCAAUGUGGCGUGGAUUUCUACCAUACUACAGCAGAGCAGCUCCCAAUGCUGUAAUUACCAUGGUGACACUUGAUAAGUUAAGACAAAUAUAUCGUAUAUUCUUUCUACCACCCAUUGAGUGAUAUUUUUAUAAAAGUUUCUUGCAAAGAACAACAAUAAUAAUAAAAUCUUACACGAUUUUAUUUUAUAUAUUCGUCACUUUUUUAUAAUAAAUACUUGAUUAUGCUAUCAUUUACAACGCAGAGAAAAAGCGAUAGAUUUAUGCAAAUUAAAUUCUUUCCUAGCAAUAUGCAGACUAAUAUUGCGAGCUUGAAGGUGACGCUAUAUUAGCUUAAAAUAUUGCGGUGCAUGCAAGAAAAUACACUUUAGCAUUAUUUUUAAAAGAUUGUCUUAUUACUAGAGAAUUGUAAAUAAGUAACUAAACGAAUAUAAUUGUUUAUUCAUAAAUAUAUUAAUCUUGUCGUACAUGCCACUUGAAUAUUCGUAUACAAUAAAAGGUUCAUAUACAAUUAAUGCUCGUAUACAAUGCAAUGCGGUACAAUACAGUACACAAUAUAAUAUGUAUACACAUAUAUAAGAAAACGGUCAUUAAAAUAUUUUCUGUACUUGCUAUAUAUAUCUAUGUUGCGUAUCGUCUAUACAUUUUUGCAAUUUGUUCAUUAAUGAUAAACGUUAGUACUGUGUGUGGCCCUACUCUACAAUAUGUAGGCCAGAAACCUUUCCAAAGUGCCUUUAUGCCUUCGGUUUUCGCUAUCGACAGUAACAUUGCGAUCAUACCAGGUGGCUUUUCCACACCUUUCAAGUUUUGCAGUCUGAAAAUUUACAGUCACAAAAAUUCCUUUAAACUUAUUACUUUCUUUUGAGCGAUUUUAUUAUAAUCGAGAUAGGAACGAUUGCAUUAAGAUUUUUCUCGAGAUCUUUAAAAUUUCUGCUAGGAACGCUAUUUUAAUAUUAUCAUAUGGAAAUAAUUCACAAAUAAGAAAAUUAAUAUAGUGAUCAUGAAAAGAUCGAUAUCUAAUUAUUUUACCUUGUUUUAGUUAUAUCAAAUGGCAUAGAAUUGAAGGUAGUAAGGAAUCCAGAUAACAUUGACGCAGAGAAAUGCAGACCAACACCCUCCGGUAUAUACACUGUGAAAUAAAACGUGUUUCAUACUUCUAUCGAUAUAAAUUCUUCCGAUAUAGAUAAUAUUUGAAGCUGAUAAGUACAUUUCGUGGAUAUUAAAAAUUUUGCUUGACUGUAAGUUGCAAGUUGUGAUACAUUAACAACCACCGCUCGUCCCAUCGUUGCUACACUGCCUCUCCAAAGAGUGGUGAUUCCUUCUUCUCGAGAAAUUCUUGUAAACGCGUUGAACACGUUUUUGUAAUUCCUUCGUUGCUCUGCAGAAAAUUCCAUACAUACAACAUCAAGAUCGAUAAAAGGAAAAACUCGUUUCCCAAUUAUUGGGAACAUUAAUGAUAUAAGGAAGAAUGAAAGGGAAAAAAUUGUUAAAAAAAUAAUAUCGUAUAUCACGCGACUAUAGAAUGGAACGACGAUAAUAACCUUUCGGUAAUCUGCCAUCGGCCGUCAUUCUUACGAGGGCGACUUCUGCUGGUGUACCAACAAAGGCUCCAAUAGCUCCUGCUGUAGCUGCCAUCAGUGACAUUAUACCAAAAUUUGGUUUGCCCACGUACUUCUCUCUGGAAAUAGUUUUCAUAAUUAAAGACACGUAAAAAUAGAAGAAAAGCAUAGUUACCCGGUGGCAGAUAAAUUAUUUUGCACUCACUUCCAAUAUUCAUGUAAUUGAUUGUAUAUACCAAGUCUUACGGUGGUAUAAGUCGCUUGUCGCACAAGACCAGCGCUAAGUCCGGAAUAAAAUUUCAAAAUGCCCUCAUUUUUGUAUAUGGAGGCGACGACCUUGCCGACAGAAGUUUUCUCCUUUUGUAUCUGAAUUCGAUUCUUUAUUACAUCCAUAGGAUGAACUACACAUGUCGCCGCCAUUCUAGCAAAUUUUCGUAAUAGCCGUAAUAAGAUUAUACAAGACUAUUAUACAAAAUAACUUUUAAUCCAUGAUUAUCAGAUAAGAAAAUAACAAAUAUUAAUCAGAAAAUUUA